CAGGCCUUCGGUGACGGUAAUAAGCACUGAUGUGAUUCUAUAUAACGAGCGCCAACCCCCCCACCUCUUAUUGAUGAAGAUGUUCAUAAUAUACAUCCAUACGCACAUUCAUCCAUUCAUCAAUCCACUACGUUUAAUGUGGCUAACCCGGCCAAUUGACCCGGCUAACCGCACAAGGCUAAUCGUCGUCAAUAAUCGUACGCCUAUUUACGCUCGCUCAGUCGGCCCAGUCGGUGCAGCAGCGCGGAAAUAUGUCGGCAUCCCGCCCCUUGAAGCGGCGCAAGGAGUACCUGGAUCGUGACAAGUUCUUCCAGGUGCCUGUGUCAAGUCUUUACAAGCGACUGAAGGACCACGCCGCAGCAGCGUCAAAUGUCGCGAGCACAAGUCGCUGCAACGGAGACGACUCUCCGGCUUCGGCAGAAACCAGCGCAUCGUGUUUCGCACACAGCGACGACGACGAUAACGACGGUGCCAAUGGCAGUGCGGGUACAGUUCCGUGCAGUUCUGCGUCCAGUAGCACGCACACACGAAGUGACGACGAGCAAGGGAGCUCUGAAGAUAGUAGUGAGGAGAGCGACGGCUUUGAGGAGGCACAAUCUGAGAGCGGAGACAAUCGCCAGUUUUCUGGUUUUAGCGUGGAAACCCUGCCAGGCUCACAAGUCACGAAAGCUGGCGCAAUCGCAGCAGUUAUGGCGUACGCUAUUGCCCACGGUCUCACUUGGACGGCACUAGGUGAUCUUUCAAAGCUUAUUAACUUUCUCUUUGGUGCCAGUGUAUUGCCGCGCAGCGAAUACAUGUUUCGCAAGCUUUGGAGCAAUGAAGCAGAAGAAGUGCUUCGGUACUAUUAUGUAUGCGAAACAUGCAGCGCAGUAAUGACGCCACAAGGUAAAAUGGCACAGUGCCAAAUUUGCGAGCAUACUGAAAGACUUCAGGCCCUGAAAGAGCAAGGCUCAUUUUUUAUCAUCCUUGACUUCCACAAACAGCUCAGCUUUUUGAUAGAAAAAACUAAAUCUGAGUUAGAGUCGAGUUUGGUAAAAGCACGACUGCCGGCAUCGAAAAUAAGUGAUAUAACAAAUGCUCGGUGCUAUGCUAAACUGAAGAAGGCAAGAAGCCUUGCGGAUGAUGACUUGACGCUGACCAUAAACACUGAUGGCAGCCCAGUCUUCAAGUCGUCAAAAACAUCUGUGUGGCCUAUUCAGUUCAUUGUUAAUGAACUGCCACCACACUUGCGGUUCAAGCACCCGGUACUUGCAGGACUUUGGUUUGGUAAGUCGCAUCCAAACAUGCAACUCUUCCUUGACAAGUUUGUGCAAGAAGUGAACAGCACGAAACCAGUGACAUGGACUUACCAGAACAGGGUCCAUACGUCUAGGCCUUUCGUGCUGUGUUGUUCUGUGGAUGCGCCUGCAAGGGCAGCUGUGCUAAACAUGGUGCCUUUCAACGGCUACUUCGGAUGCCCCUGGUGCCUUAUAAGGGGCGAGCAUGUGGAAGGGAGCAUGAGAUACGUCACAGAUGAGCCAGUUGAGGCACGGACUUCGGACCUCGUCAGGAGAGAUAUGAAGAUGGCACUUGAUUACAAAGAUGUCAUCAAUGGUGUGAAAGGACCAUCAGCAUUGAUGAACUUGAAAGGUUUGGAUCUCGUGAACGGUCAAAGUGUUGAGUACAUGCACUGUGUACUUCAAGGUGUCAGUAAACAACUGACUGAGGCGAUCCUGACUUCUACGAACAGCAACCAGCGCUUCUAUGUUGGUGCGCCUUCAGUUGCUGCGAGGAUAGAGUCACGGCUGCUUGCCAUAAAGCCCCCACACUGCGUGACCAGGCUGCCGCGCCCGCUUAAAGAUCGUGGCCACUGGAAGGCAUCUGAGUGGAGGCAAUGGAUAUUGUUUUAUGCACUCCCUUGCCUUGAUGGUAUUCUGCAUCCUGAGUAUUGGAAGCACCUGUCUCGGCUCUCGGAAGGCAUCCACAUCCUUCUUCAGGAAGAAUUGGGCGCCCGUGACAUUGACAGAGCAGAGGCCCUCCUGAGCAAUUUCGUUUGCCGCUGCAAGACAUUAUACGGCACAGCAUUCAUGACGUUCAAUGUCCAUGCCCUACAACACUUGGCAAACUGUGCUCGCUCACUUGGACCACUUUGGGCACAUUCAGCGUUUGUAUUUGAGGGGGGGAAUGGAAGCAUUGUGCGCCUCGUGUCAGCUGCAAACGGGCUACCACGGCAGAUAACUGAACGAGUCAUCAUGGCACAAAAGCUGAAUCAGCUGAUAGAAAGUCCCCUGUUAUCUAUUCAAGAAAGAGAGCUUUGCAAUGAGUUCAUUGGGUACCCACCCAUAAAAAAGGCAUUACAUGUUUGCAAUUUGACUUUGCUGGGAAAGGGAAAAGUUACAGCUCUCAGUGCUAAUGAACAGGACAAACUUCACCAUUCUUGUGGGAUAUCCAUAACAAGGGCAGUGGAGUAUGAGCGUUUCAUUAUGAAGAAACAAGUAUUUCACAGCACUGCCUACCAAAGAGCAACAAAAUCUGACACAAGAUUCAUCAGAACAAACACUGGCUGCUACAAAUGCAUCGAAAAGAUAUUCUUUGUAAAAGAGGCAGACAUUUGUGCUCUCUUCUGCAGGCCACUAAUUAUUGCAGAUGCAACUGCAGUGCCUCCUCACAUUAAGGAAUGCUUCUUGUCACCGGACAGAAAUUUAGAUUUAUUGCUUCCAGAGGAGGUGGCUGACACCUGUAUGUAUAUCAAUUUCACAAAUGAAGGAAAAACAUUCAUUUGUGACUUGCCAAACAAAAUUGAAAGAGAUUGAAUUUGGUUAUGAAUGCAUUAAGAGAGAGGAACGAGAAUUUUUCACUCAGGUGGGAGAGGGACGUUAACACCGAUGCACGUCACUAGGUACACAUGCUGCGCUGUCAUCUCCAUAGGCAAGCAGUGACCUUGUGCAAAGUUAUGUCUGCUCACUGCAUUGCUUUCUUAUAAGCCUCCAUUGACUGCAUCAGUUUUGCUGUGGUGGACAUAACAUCUGUGCGUUUAGUUCAUUUCUUUAUUGAGAAAUUGUUUGACAUAAAAGGGCUUGUUAAUUUUAAAUUUGCACCACAAGUUCAGGUAGUCGACCAGCAUAUUUACAGUAUUUACAAGUAGUUAUGUGAUGUGGUUAGGAGUAAAUGCCUUACUCUGUGAAUGUGCAGUGGGCUUGUGCACCACAGCAGUACCUUUGCCAACACAGCACUCAGCAUGUGGCACUUUUUGACAAAAUGUGGGAUGACAACCGUACAACGUCCCUGCUCCUCAGAUCUUGCCCCCUGCAACUAAUUUCCUAGGCUAAAGCAAGUGCGUAGCUUUUUGUAUGUCAUUUUUCCUUUUCUGCAAAGCAGCAAAUGUUUGAUAUUUUUAAUGACUCAUUCAUUGUUAACAGCUUUCAUUUUUGAAAUAGCAGUGCGUUUCCUAUUUUCUGUUGCCAAUUACUGUCAAUUUUUUUUUCCUGUUUUUGAGUAUAUCAAUGCAUGGCCACAGAAAAGCUAUAUGAAACAUCUUAUUUUUUGGCAUGGAAGCCAAAGGGUGCUUUUCUUGUUCUCCAUGUGGUAACUGGCAUUGAAGAAUGGAUUGCUGAGGCACUUGCUACAGUGUGUUUCUUUUGAGCCGUAUCCUUGCAAGGGAGGUUGGCAAAGGUUCACAUUAUUACUCGCUAUGAUCAGCACUACUUGGAUAAAGCUCCGAACAUGACAUGCUAGAGCUUACCUGGUCUAAUUGUUUAGUUGAAUGGAACAAACAUCAAAAACACAAUUCCAGCAAUUGAAAAUGUGCAGGUCUUCAUUGUAUCUUGCAACUCUGUGCUGCCAUAUUAGAAAUCCAGGGGAACCAGAUUUCUGCUUGUUCCCGCCAACAAAUGUCCCCCCAAAAAUAAUGUUAUAGUUCUUGUGAACCUGGCACAAUCUAGAGGUGCUGCGUUCAUACCAAAUUAAUUGCACUUUUCGUUUGUUUGUGACAAAUGAAAGUGAAACUUGUCCUUGGCACAAAAAGGGUUAAGAGAAAGCCUCUUUAGAAUAUAGAGGCGCUAAAGAGGAAAACAAAUGAAGCACUGAGGGCACUCGGAAAAGUGUACUGUGUUUCGGGCAAAGUUCUUUGUGGGUAAUUAAUAUUUGGCAAUGCUUCACUAAAUGUGCGAAUAAAAAAAGCAAUUCUAAUUCAUUUUGGGUCUCGUAAAUGCAGCAUACUUUAGAAGGUAGGUGACAAGAAUGCUAAUGCAAGUGGUUGGAUAGUGCCUCUGAGCUGGUAGAACAUUGUACUGAACAGUGCACACAUAGUGAUAACAUAUGAUUUUACUUCAUGCCAUUGCAGCUUCAGCAUUUCUUGUACCAGAAAAUGUGGCUAUGACACGUUUGAGAUAUUGAAAGCCCAGUCUAGGCCUCAUCUCAAGUAGCUUUAAAAUGUUGUGUUGGAAAAAGCAGCGUGGUUAAAGUAGCCAGCAUGGUGCAGGCAGAAUGAAAACAUCUAGGAAAUUCAAAGAUUUCUCUGCAACAAAGUGAGACAAGUAUAAAGAAUAACACGUAAAAUCUGCACUGCUGUACAGGACUGAACAAUCCUGAAUAACAAGACCAGAAUUUCGAAGAAAUGUGAAGAAAUGGACGUGAUGGUUCAUGGAUUUAGAUUAAUUACAAUUGAGAAAUUCACUGACAUUCUAGCAAAGAUGUCGAUGAUGUCAACCAUCGGCUUUGACGGUUUGGCCAGGUAUUGAAAAAUGGUAGCUGCUGCUUGAGAACUGAAAGCUGGGCUAGCUGAUCUUGAUUCACAUUGAAACUUCAGUGUAAAAUGGACAUAGAACAGCAAACACAUGGACAUUGGUAUCCGUGCUUACUUUGUUCUCUUUGCCCUUUUUGCACCUAAAUAUCAACAUGACAGCUCUUAUAUUGGCAAAGAGAUAUCGACAACUAGCUUUAGUGGCAAGAAGGACUGUGGUCUGCCUAAGAGGUGGCAAUACAGUAUGCACAAACCUUUAAGCAUUAGGGCCCUAAAGGAAGACUGGGUUGCUGAGAGGGCAACAUAGAGGCAACUGACCAAUGACCUAAUUUACAAAUAUAGCAACAGAGAGAAGGAUAAUGAAGGUGGGAAUGCUAAUUAGGGAUUCUCUGUAAAUGUUUGUUGUAUUCUACAUAAUGUGAAAGCAUAAAAAAAAAUUUUCAUCAAGAUAUUGUAUUGCUGGUGAUAAGUGACACUUGGAUAUUGUUUAUGUGAUCAAACAUAUUAUAUUGGGUGUAACUGUAAACGGGAAGAGAGCGGUCUGGGUCGGAGAAUAAACGGGCAUAGCCGAUAUUCCAAAAGACAUUAAGAGAAAGAAAUGUAGCUUGGCAGGCCAUGUAAUCGACCAUAGGAGUUAAAGAAUGUGGGUGCCAAGGGAAGUGAAGGGCAGUCGAAAAUGGCAGAAAAUAAGGUGGGGUGGUGAAAUGAGGAAAUUGGCAGCUGCCAGUUGAAGUAAGCUAGUGCAAUACGGGUAAUUGGAGAUCACUUGGAGACGCCUUCGUUCUGCGGUGGGCAUAAACAAUGUGCUGAUAGUUAUGACAAUUUGAUUAUGCGCAAUAACCAACCCUUAUAUAUAGCUUUCAUUGAUUACGAGAAAGCGUUUGAUUCAGUCGAAAACUCAGCAGUCAUGGAGGCAUUACGGAAUCAGGGUGUAGAUGAGCCAUAUGUAAAAAUACUGGAAAAUAUCUAUAGCGGCUCCACAGCCACCGUAGUCCUCCACAAAGAAAGCAACAAAAUCCCUAUAAAGAAAGGCGUCAGACAGGGAGAUACGAUAUCUCCAAUGCUAUUCACAGCAUGUUUACAGGAGGUAUUCAGAGGCCUGGAGUGGGAAGAAUUGGGGAUAAAAGUUGAUGGAGAAUACCUUAGCAACUUGCGAUUCGCUGAUGAUAUUGCCUUGCUUAAUAACUCAGGAGACCAAUUGCAAUGCAUGCUCACUGACCUGGAGAGGCAAAGCAGAAGGGUGGGUCUGAAAAUUAAUCUGCAGAAAACUAAAGUACUGUUUAACAGUCUCGGAAGAGAACAGCAGUUUACGAUAGGUAGCGAAACACUGGAAGUGGUAAGGGAAUACAUCUACUUAGGGCAGGUAGUGACCACGGAUCCGGAUCAUGAGACUGAAAUAACCAGAAGAAUAAGAAUGGGUUGGGUUGCGUUUGGCAGGCAUUCUCAAAUCAUGAACAGUAGGUUGCCACUAUCCCUCAAAAGGAAAGUGUACAACAGCUGUGUGUUACCAGUACUCACAUAUGGGGCAGAAACCUGGAGGCUUACGAAAAGGGUUCUGCUGAAAUUGAGGACGACGCAACGAGCUAUGGAAAGAAGAAUGAUGGGUGUAACGUUAAGGGAUAAGAAAAGAGCAGAUUGGGUGAGGCAACAAACGCGGGUAAACGACAUCUUAGUUGAAAUCAAGAAAAAGAAAUGGGCAUGGGCCGGACAUGUAAUGAGGAGGGAAGAUAACCGAUGGUCACUAAGAGCUACGGACUGGAUUCCAAGGGAAGGGAAGCGUAGCAGGGGGCGGCAGAAAGUUAGGUGGGCAGAUGACAUUAAGACGUUUGCAGGGACAACAUGGCCACAAUUAGUACAUGACCGGGGUAGUUGGAGAAGUAUGAGAGAGGCCUUUGCCCUGCAGUGGGCGUAACUAGGCUGAUGAUGAUGAUGAUGAUGAACAAAAAAAAAAUUCUUUUGUAAAUAGGAGGCACCUUUAUUUCACCUAUGUUAACAAAAGUAGUUUUCCUAAAUUUUGUUCAAGCUGUCAUAUCUGCAUUUCAUUUGCUUGCAUUGUAAAUAGCUUGUGUUGCUGUCUGCCUGUUUUUAUUUCCAUGUACGUAAAAUUUCCAUGUAUGUAAAUUUCCAUGUAUGUAAAACUGGCAUGUAUGUAGGAGUACUGUAAUAGCAAACAUUGCCCAUUGUCUUCAUUCCAUGAUUUUUGUUUUGAACUUGUAUAAAACUUUCUUUUGAAGUGCUAAAAAAUUUUUGUCAGAUAACUUUUUAAGCAUGGUUGUUUCCUUGGUACUGUAAUUUCCAUGUGAUUCACUAAGGGGUAUUAUGAAGUGCCUGGCAGUAUAGUCAUAUAUGCUUUUAUUCUGCUUUAUUUGCUACCCGCCAUGAUUGCUUAGUGGCUGUGGUGUUGGGCAGCUAAGCACGAGGUCACGGGAUCGAAUACCGGCCAUGGUGGCUGCAUUUCGAUGGGUGUAAAGUACAAAAACACCCGUGUACUUAUUAGAUUUAGGUGCGCAUUAAAGAACCCAAGGUGGUCCAAAUUUCAGGCGUCCGCCACUAUAGUGUGCCUCAUAAUCAGAUCGUGGUUUUGGCAUGUAAAAUGCCAUAAUGUAAUUUAAUUUGCUUCAUAUGCUUGGUGUUCUCAGGAAGCCUGCAAGGAAACUGAAACAACAGUUUUUUUUUCUCUCGCAGUUUAGUGCUAUGUGCGCUCCUAAAUUUUGUCUUUCAGUGAAGUCAUUACAUUACAGCCUCUUGUAAUGCUGGCAUAUGAAGUUCAUUUGUGCUUAUGAAGUUGGAGCUCAAACAAGUUUGCGCUAUUAGCAUAUGACAUUUUCGCACGAUUUUCAGUACAGUCUGAAGUGCUGGCCUCCUCAAUAUGUUUCAGUGCCAUGAGCACCAUCAAUGCCUCUUCCUCGGUCGCAUGUCAUGUACUGUUAGUGCAAGUUUGAGAAGUGUAUGAAUAACAAACAAUCACAUUUAGCUACUAUAGGUUCUGUCGAUAGAGGAUAGUGCCAGUUCCAAGUGUGAAACAUCCAUGCUGAAGUCGGGAAGCAUGAGAACAUGAUCUAAAUAUAUGGCCUUUACUUAGUUCUCCUAGACUUAGUGGGCUACAGUAGUUCAUUUGUGAUGAAUUUGUUACUUGGUGCCCCUGUGUCGGCUUAAACUGCUGCCCUAUAGGGUAGCAGUUUUCAUGUGACAAGCCUGUUAUAUGCCGCUGCAAUGCAGUUUACAUGCUAAUUAUGAUGAACAUGCUCAAAAUUUUCGGCAUUCAUUUUAUGGUAUUUUAUUUCAGUGGGUACUGACGAGCUUACAAAAUGGAAUUCCAUAAGAACUUUUUGCAGUGUGGCAGCCUAAUCCAGUUCUCUUAGUCUCACAUUAUGUGAUCUGCACAGUGUACUUUUUGUGGGAGGGAGAGAGAAAGAGAUAAAAAGAAAGAUGUUAAUAAAUAAUGAAAGGCAACCCCUAUGGAACUUGUGAUGAAGUGCCCAUGUUACGUGAAUUGUUUCAAUCAACAGGUAUAGGAUCAAGCUGUUGUAUAUGGCGUUUUGGUGGGUAAGGGUACCUCUUGGAAGGCUAAUCACUUAGCGUAAGAAUUGAGCUCUGUAUCCCAGCAAGGAAGGUCUUUUGCAGUAAGGAGAGGGCAGGGCAGUUUGAUAGCAAAUGCUGGGCUGGGGCUAGCUCAUCCGUGUCGCAAGUGCCACAGGUUGUGUCUAGCGGCUUGUCAAUGUAUUAAGCUCUAAAUGGUAAGCUGAAUUUACAGUUCUUGUAAAGGUUCAGCUUGCAAGCAUUUCAGCGCAUGGGAAACAUAACAGGCCUGUCAAUGUGACCAAUGGUUUGCAAGUGCUACUUGCUGCUUUAUUGUGCAUUGUGAGAAAACAAAUCUGCUCUGGUUCUUUUGUGUCUCUUGACAAUGCAUCCAAAAUCUACAGAUGCAGUGUUGCAGCAAUUUAUAUUCUGCUGUUAAUUUCAGCAUACACGUCUACUUUUCUGAUUAAGAUAUUUUGUCAAUUCUCAACAGUAACAAUAUAUUGGCACUUUCUGUGAAUGAACAUCGGCACCUUUCAAUGCACCUAAGGUACUCUUGCAUGUUAUUCUGUUGGUCCACUGCGAAGCACAUGAUUAGUGAGCUCGUUUCUCUACAGUAUGUUUUAUGAUUGCAUAGUAGCAUUAAGGUCUAAAACAGUUCAAGUCCUGGAACAUUCCUUGUUUGCCUAAACUGAAAAGAUAAUGUUUUACCUGUUAUAUGUAUUUUGAGUGUAUGUAAUGUUGAAUAAACAAUGCUGACAAGAUCAAA